AUGUCUCCCUCGCUACUGCCAUCCGAACAACCCAGGGACCAACUACAAGCUCACGAGCCACUCAUCAAUCUGCCAUCCUCAAGCUCAAGCCAAUCCGAUCUCAGUCUAGACAAUGAACACGCCCCACCACCCUCAUUCACCAUUCGCUCGACCUUCGCCGGGAUCCUCAUCGGCAGUCUGCUCGCCUUCACAAACAUGUACUUUGGCCUACAAACUGGCUGGAUCUCAAUGAUGUCGCUACAAUCGAGUCUUCUCGGCUAUGCUGCUUUCAAACUCCUGCCCAACUUCCUCAACUCGACCCCUCUCUCAGUCGCAGAAAAUGUAUUACUGCAAACCACUUCGACCGCCGUGUGUGCAAUGCCCCUGACUGCCGGCCUCAUCGGGAUCAUCCCCGCCCUCGCCCAACUCAACCUGGAAUCUGAUGGAUUAGCACCCAUCACAUUUUCACCCACGGCCUUGAUCACUUGGUGCUUUGCCAUCGCUUUCUUUGGUGUCUUCUUGGCGAUCCCGCUACGAGAACAAGUGAUCAUCAAAGAAAAGCUGCCAUUCCCCUCGGGCACCGCCACCGCUCAAAUACUCGCCCUAUUACACCAGAAACCGAUGCUCUCUCAAUCUCCACCGAAUGGAUUGUUCGUCCAGCCUGCGUGCUCGCCCGAACCCUUGGGCCAAUUCCAUCCACAGCAAUGGAAAUUGCUGAUAUCCACUUUUACGGCUUCGAUCCUUUUUAGCAUAAUAUCCUUGGGAUUCCCAGUCCUAUAUGCUAUGCCUGUCUUUGACGUUUUUGGCCCAUUGGCUCAUGAUUGGUCAUGGUGGUUUACGCCUUCAUUUGCGUUUGUAGGACAAGGAAUAAUCAUGGGAUUUCAUACGGGCUACAGUAUGAUGUUCGGGAUGUUGUUCGGAUGGAUGUUUUUAGGGCCAUUGGCUGUCAAUCUGGGGUGGACUACUCCUGAGUCGGUAAAGAGUUGGAUACUGUGGCCGGCAUUAUCGAUCAUGAUCGUUGAAUCAUUAUCGCAUUACUCUCCAGUGGCAACCGAUGAAAAUGAUCUACGCGAACGGAGGGGCAAAGGGACAACACUCUCCAUCAGCUUCAAGACGGCUACAAUCGGAUUCUCACUCUCAUGCCUGGUUUGUGUACUCAUCAUGGGCGUCUUGUUCAAGGAGAUCAAGUGGUGGGCGACGGUCGUUGCAUUGGUUUUAGCUUCAAUCUUCAGUCUACUAGGAGUAAGGGCACUUGGCGAAACAGAUCUCAAUCCGGUAUCUUCAAUCGCCAAAAUCUCACAGCUAGUAUUCGGAGUACUACAGCCGCACAACAUGGUUGCUAAUCUGAUAGCGGGCGGGAUCAGUGAAGCUGGUGCGAUGCAAUCCGGCGAGCUUAUGCAAGAUUUCAAGACGGCUCAGCUGCAUGGAGUCGAUCCAGCCAGCAUGUUCUAUGGCCAGAUGAUCGGCUCUUUUGUUUCGGUGUUUGUGUCCAGUGGAGCUUACAUACUGUAUAGCAGAACUUAUGCCCUGCCUAGCAGUACGUUCCCAGUUCCUACAGCUGCAAUAUGGCUGAGUUUAGCUCGCUUGCUGAAUGAUGGUGAGUUACCUGAAGGAAGCAGAAUUAUGAUGGUGAUCUCGGGAUUUGUAUUCUUUAUCGUCGGUGGGUGCAAGUUACUGUUCAAACGGAGCGACACUCAUUUCAGUCUUAGAAUCAUCACCAAAUUCAAACACCACCCUUCAUCUUGGUUCUUGCCGUCAGGAAUUGCUUUUGCACUUGGGAUGAUCAACACGCCCUCAUUUUCGAUAGCCCGAUUCAUAGGCGGCCUGAUAGCAUGGAAGGUUGAACGACGGCGGAGUCUCAAGCACGAAGGUGGAGGGACCACGGGACGCGAUGAGAACUACGAUUCGGGCCGGAUCUGGCUGAUCAUCGUCGCCACCGGCUUCGUCUUGGGCGAAGGAUUUGGCAGCAUCUUCAACCUCGUCCUCAAAUCUUUCUUCCUCUUCAAACCCAUCUCUUGUUGGGGCUGUGGACUCGGUGGAGGCGGUUAUUGUCCUGGUUGUUAG